AAACCCCUUGCCAACUCACUAAACACUUCCAUAAUCUCUGCAUUGGUCGUAGCCAUGUCGAUCCUGUCUUACCCGUUAUCUCUAGAUCGCGGCCUUCUGGCCAUGAAAGACCUAGCCGACCGAACAUGGAUUACUCUGAAUGGCUGAUCUUCUGAUCCUUUUCCGUGGUAUGUUGCGUACCUUGUAGCUUGCGUAGCUGAGCUGCAGCUUGUGCGGGUCGUUACAUCUAUAAUAUCUACCAACGCCGCAUUUCAGCUUCGUUCAUUUUUAUACUCGGUUUCUAUCAUGUCCAUAUAUGGAUUGAAGUACACAUGGCUGUCGGCUUAAGGUCUCGUUUCGAGGCUGUUAAGGAAAAGAUCCGUCUACACGGCGACGAGGCUCAACAUGAGCAGACCGAUCAAUGGUGUAAUCGCGACUUAGUCCCAUUGCCACCAAGCCGAAGAACAUGGGGAUGGUUUCAUUUCUUUGGGUUUUGGACUCUGUCGUCUUUGAAUAUCAUAAACUGGCAGACUCCGAGUAGUUUCUUGACACAAGGGUUAUCGGUCGCUCAGGCUAUGUUCAUAAUUAUCCUUGGCCGAUUCCUCAUAGCUUCCUUCUCGACUAUAAUUGCCUGGUGUGGUUUGCGAUGGCAUAUCGGUUUCACUAUCCAGAACCGCUUCACCUGGGGCAUGCGAGCAAGCUACAUCCCCUUGCUUCAACGAAUCCUACUUAACUUCAUCUGGAACGCCAUCCAAUGUUGGAACGGUGGGCGACUUGCUGCUGUAUGCAUGACAGCUCUCUGGCCGUCCUACGCCAAGAUGCGCAAUUUCCUGCCAGAAAGUCUACCUACAACUGGCGAUGAAUUCGUCGGCUUCAUCGUCUUCUGGGUCUUGUCAACACCGCUCCUGUGGAUCCCACCCGAGAAAUUCAAGAUUCCAUUUUUAUUCACGUCCGUCUACAGUGCCCUCGGUAUGAUCGCCAUGAUGAUAUGGGCUUUAUCGACCGCAAAAGGUGUGGGGCCCCUUAUGAGCACAGGCGUAGCAGUACCUGAGGGUUCGCUAUGGAAUAUUUCAUGGCUUUUAAUGGCUGGCAUUAAUCAAACGAUUGGCGGCGUCACUGCGGGUAUCACUAACGGCUCUGAUUUCUCGAGGUAUGCUCGAGACUCUAGAGCUUACAUAAUUGGAACAAUUACAUCAGGAUGGAUCACCGGUAUUCUCGUAUGCCUCGUUGGAUUAGUGACAACCAGCGCUGCCCAGAAGAUCUAUGGUGAGAUAUACUGGAACCCACCAGACCUCCUAAUGACUAUGAUGAAUAGCGGAGAUGGAUCUUCGGCAGCUCGAGCUGGUGUGUUCUUUCUAUCUUUUGGAUUUUGCUUGACUAGCAUGUUCGAGAAUAUUUGCGGCAACGCUGUAGCUGGCGGUAUCGAUCUUGCUGGGUUGUGGCCUCAUUACAUCAAUAUCCGGAGAGGAGCUAUGAUAACAUUUAUUGCCGCCUGGGUUGUCCAGCCCUGGCAACUUGUGAACAAGGCAGUGACCUUUAUCCAGGUUCUCAGCUCGUUCUCGGUCUUCUUGUCGCCAUUGAUCGGUAUUAUGGCAGCCGACUUUUUCCUCCUGCGUGGAGGCAAAAUCCGUCUAAGCCAUUUAUACACGACUAAAAAUUCCUCGUAUUGGUACUGGAAUGGUAUCAAUUGGCGAGCCCCUGUUGCCUGGAUCUGUGGUUGGGCACCAACCAUUGGUGGCCUUGUCGUUACUGUGAGAGGGGACGUAAAUGCGCCAAGGGCCUUAUAUGAGAUAUAUUACAUGGCAUUCUUUAUAGGUUUCUUUAUCAGCGCCAUUAUCUUCAUUAUCCUUAACAAGCUAUUUCCUGUUGCGGGAAUGGGCGAGUAUGAUGAAGUUGAUGUGUAUGGUACCUUCACUGCCAAGGAAGCGGCAAAAUUAGGCGUUAUUCCUGUGGAUUUUCAGUCUGAUGUCUAUGAUGAGGGUGGUGAUCUCUCUUUAGCCCAGGAGACGUUUGAUAAAAAGGAAUGAAUGGUUUGCUGUUGGUUUUGUAUAUUUGCCGAGCGUACAUAAGAGCAUAGCAUAUCAAAUUAAAUCAGAGAAAGGAUACCUGCCUAGAAUAUAGGACACUUCGAUGGUGUAAAGAUAAUCUAUUGUUACCUUUAACAUAAUG